CAGAGAGAGCCCGCUUGAAUAGCCCGCGAUUGUCCGCCGAGGUUUCUCGGUGAGUGGCGGAUCGUGGCCAUCUACCGGUCAACAUUGGAACGAUCAGAAAGUAAACAAACCGCCUCGUGUUUUUGCUGUCGCCGGAAAGAAGAAAGAAAGCAAAUAGACUCACUUUUUAUUCGCCGCCGGCCAACUCGUCCCAGUCCCGACCCGAAUAAGUCAUCAGGUUUGAGUUUAAUUGCCCGCUCAAGUCAUUUAAACCCAUUUUGUCGUUUUCUCUCAUCUCCGCCGUCCAUGUUUGGAUAAUCCCCGGAGAAAAUGACCAUAUAAGGCCCGAUUUGAGAACUCGCGAUCUGAUUGGCCGGAACCUUCUGGAAGCGAGUAGAAGCAGACCGAUGCGUUCUCUCAUUGGCGCUGGGCAGUUGAGCGAGAGAGUUCGUGCUGAGACGCUGAAGGAGCAAGAGCUGCGCGCCGCGAGCUCUUGGCUGCCGACGGGUUUCGGACGAAUUUCGGCCUAGAUUUGCGAGUUCUCUGGUAGUGUGAAUUGUUCCCUGAGUUGGUCUGGUGUUGGUUAGGCGUUUAUUUGGUGAGUUUAUUGGAUUUUUAGUUAAUUUUGCCCGGUUUGAGAAGUUACGUCGGCCGCACGUGGUGCUGAACCCCGCCGAUUUUUGAGUUGUAAGUCCCGAAAUUGUUUAGUUUUGCGUGGAAAUUGUCGGAAUAAUUAGCGGUUGAAUUGUUUUCGCCGCUAAUUUGCAUAUUUUUGUCAGAUUAGUGGAAGUUGCGAGUUUUGUGUAAACCGGUGAACCGAGCGCGCCCUGUCGGCGGCGGCGGUAACCGAGGCCCGAUUCCUCCCAUCGAGUUAGUUUGUUUCCCUUCCUCCCUUUGCCGGUAGAGGCGCUGUUGGCCGUUUCAAGUGUAAAGUACCGUGAAGUUAGCAAGUAGAAUAAAUAGAGGUUCAGUUUAAAUUGUAAUUCUUUGCGGUUUUCGUUCGUGAGUUGGAGUUUCCCGUGGGAUUUAGUUUAAGAUUAGGUAGAGUAGAGAGAGAGAAAUAGUUUAAGAGAAGAAAAGUAAGAAGUUGAGUGGAGAAGAAGGAAAUUGCAGAAAAGAGAGACUGAGAGAAUACGAUUGAACAAAGGAGGAGACCCGCGUUCAAUCAAGUUAUUCUCUUAGUUCUGAGUCGUUGGUGGAACAGGCCGUUGCCACGAUUCAGAACUUGGGGGCCUGGCCUUGUCGUGCCUCACGUCGUCUGGCGUGACUCCACGGUGUAAUCCGGUGUGUUAAUUUUUCUUUUUAGUGGAAAGUUGGUUGCGUUUGGAAAUUUCUUUUUGGUAUUAGUGGAAAGUCUUUGUGAGUGUCCUUGGGGGCCUUAUUAGUGUAGAAAAUAGUAACCGCGAGGUGUAGGAAAAUUUUGGAGUUUUAGUUUUGAGUGAAUUUUUUUUCUUGUAGUAUUAGAAAAUUGGAAAUUGCAUUUUGUAAAAAUUGUGUGAAUUUGCUGUAAAUAAAGGAGUAAUACAAUGGAUGUAUUUUCUCCAAACCAUUUCCCUGUCCCACAAUCGACUCCAUGUUACCCAUAUGUCGAUAGUUUGCGCUUGAGCGAACCACCCACCCCGUUGCAGAAAUGGAUCCCUGUGGAACUAUCUCAUCAAUUGAUUGCCGAGGAACGUCGCCGACUGGUGGCUCAACAACUACAAUGGGUGCAAAACGGUGCCUACUUGGACGGUGGACCUCUUGGUGCCCAAGCAGCUCAGUUUCCUCCUGGUGCCCACGCAGCCCAAAUACCUACUGGUGCUCCAUUGGUGAACGGUGCCUAUCUUGGUGGUGUUGCUCAUGGUGCCCCAAUGGUACCAAACGGUGCUCAUUUCCCUGUAAUUCCAAGCGGUGCCUACCCUCCCGGAGCAAAUGGUGCUCAUGCUGCUUCAGUGGUGCACAAUGGUGUUCAUUAUGGUGGACCUCCUGGUGCACAAUCAGCCCAAAUUCCUCCUGGUGCUCAAAUGGUGCACAAUGGUGCUCAAAUGGUGAACAGUAAUCCUCCUGCCGUUUCAUUCUUUGUCAACUCAGCUCGUGCUCAUAGUGUCCCAAUGGUUCCAAAUGGUGCUCAGCUUGGCGGAGCAAGUGGUGCUCACCUCCCUUUUCACCUUAGUGGUGCCCACUCAGUUCCCUUCCCAGCCAAUUCUAAUAGUGCUCAUGCAGCCCACGGCAAUCUGUAUGCUUAUGGCGGGCAGAAUGCAUAUGGUGCUCAUGUUACACCAGCCUCCAUGGUGAACAACAACCUUCGUCAAACUUUUGGUGCUCAACCGGCGCAUGCUUUGGUGCCGCAAACUUUUGGUGCUCAACAGGGGAAUAUUGCUUUUGGUGCCAGCGGUGCUCAGCCCUCUCCACAGGCCGCUGUAGGUAUCCAACCGGUGAAUACUGCACACAUUCCAGCAUCGUCCUCUUGGCUGCACAAAAAGCCACCACAUUUCAAAGGUAUUGGUGACGUGGUUGACCCAGUGGAUUUUUUAGCUCAGUUUGAGACGUAUGCUUUGCAUCUUCCCGUCUCCAUUGACGUUGCUUGCCGGUCCAUGAUGAAGGUACUUCUGGAGGCUCAUGCAGCUCUAUGGUUUAAGUCUUUUGAGGUGUACACGCCACCAGGUUAUUCCUAUGCGACUUUUGCUUCGGCUUUCCGCACGCAAUUCUUCCCUCAGAGCCUGCAGUAUCCUUUUGAUAGUGACGCUUCUUCGUACAUUAGCCCUGUUGGUGCUCAUAGUGCUCCUGUUGACAAUGUUGCCAAUUGUGGUAUUCCUUUCAACCCAGGUUCGAACAGUGAUGCUCAUGGUGCACACAUUGAUCUUCAUGCACAAAGAGCGCAGAACACUGUUGGUGUCCAUGACCGAGCAGUAACGUCUUCAGAGAGUAUUUCUAGUGGUGACCUUUUGACAUCAACACAACAAGAACUGGCGAGUCCUGAAGAUUCUCCGAAAGGUGUUGCCGAGCUUUCUCAGCACCCACAGGAUGGGGGGCCGUUAGCAGCAGUUAGUAUAGGUGAGCAGUCAGACGGCAAAGUUUCCAGCUCUUUGGCAGUGAAUGAGGAUCUUCAGCCUCCACUUCAUGACCAACAUGUUUCUGAUGCUAAUCAAUUGCUCUCUUUAUCCCCUCAACACACCGCCAAUGUUCCCAGGUGUGAAACGGAACUGUUUCCAACACCCCAAGCCUAUUUCAGGAAGGAAGAGCCCUCCCUGUACCUACAAUUGUCCUAUUAUCAGCUGAACCAGCUGAUUAAAAAAUUGAACUCCAAUCCCCCUAAUGAUGACUGUGAGCCAGAAAAGGACCCCGAACCUGGAGAUGACCCUGUACUGGCGCAGAUAGGAAGCAUAGAUGUGGGACCUGGAUCUGACCUUGAAGUCAACCUAGGACUGAGUGACCUGUUUUAUGAGCCGGAGACGUGCACAAUCAUCAACGAGGACCACCAGCUAGCGCUAGAGGAUUGUGUGAAGGACGAGAUGCUGACCAUUGGAACAGAAGCCUCAUUACAGCACGACUACACAGAAGUGAGACGUUUUGCGAAGCUAGCAGACGCUGAUGCUGGUUCUGGUUUUGGCCUGCUGCCACAAGUGACAACAACUGUACGCGCCAAGGAGCCUGCCCUGCAGAAGACACUCUUCAACACCAGGUGCAACAUCUUGGAUGAGCCGCAUGGACCGGACAUCACUCUGAAGGAAGACAAGGCUGAUGACAACCAAACUGCUCCAUGUGUCCUGAGACAAUCGGACACCUACGUGGGAUCCAGGGCGGUCAGGCUGCGAAAGUCGUCUGACAGGCGUUCAAGCAGGGCUACCCCUUACAUGAUUCCUCCCUCAGAACCACCAGAUAAGCUGCCCUUGCGCACAUUCUGCCUGGCUGACCCGAGAUUGGCUGAGUGUCGUCCUUACAUUCAUCCAAGUCAUCAUCCACCCGAUUCCCUCGCCCUAAGCUCCUUUAGUAAGUUUUUGCCAAAUGUUUCUUCGAGACAUAUGACAAAAACUUGGGGGGCAUGAACCAGAGAGAGCCCGCUUGAAUAGCCCGCGAUUGUCCGCCGAGGUUUCUCGGUGAGUGGCGGAUCGUGGCCAUCUACCGGUCAACAUUGGAACGAUCAGAAAGUAAACAAACCGCCUCGUGUUUUUGCUGUCGCCGGAAAGAAGAAAGAAAGCAAAUAGACUCACUUUUUAUUCGCCGCCGGCCAACUCGUCCCAGUCCCGACCCGAAUAAGUCAUCAGGUUUGAGUUUAAUUGCCCGCUCAAGUCAUUUAAACCCAUUUUGUCGUUUUCUCUCAUCUCCGCCGUCCAUGUUUGGAUAAUCCCCGGAGAAAAUGACCAUAUAAGGCCCGAUUUGAGAACUCGCGAUCUGAUUGGCCGGAACCUUCUGGAAGCGAGUAGAAGCAGACCGAUGCGUUCUCUCAUUGGCGCUGGGCAGUUGAGCGAGAGAGUUCGUGCUGAGACGCUGAAGGAGCAAGAGCUGCGCGCCGCGAGCUCUUGGCUGCCGACGGGUUUCGGACGAAUUUCGGCCUAGAUUUGCGAGUUCUCUGGUAGUGUGAAUUGUUCCCUGAGUUGGUCUGGUGUUGGUUAGGCGUUUAUUUGGUGAGUUUAUUGGAUUUUUAGUUAAUUUUGCCCGGUUUGAGAAGUUACGUCGGCCGCACGUGGUGCUGAACCCCGCCGAUUUUUGAGUUGUAAGUCCCGAAAUUGUUUAGUUUUGCGUGGAAAUUGUCGGAAUAAUUAGCGGUUGAAUUGUUUUCGCCGCUAAUUUGCAUAUUUUUGUCAGAUUAGUGGAAGUUGCGAGUUUUGUGUAAACCGGUGAACCGAGCGCGCCCUGUCGGCGGCGGCGGUAACCGAGGCCCGAUUCCUCCCAUCGAGUUAGUUUGUUUCCCUUCCUCCCUUUGCCGGUAGAGGCGCUGUUGGCCGUUUCAAGUGUAAAGUACCGUGAAGUUAGCAAGUAGAAUAAAUAGAGGUUCAGUUUAAAUUGUAAUUCUUUGCGGUUUUCGUUCGUGAGUUGGAGUUUCCCGUGGGAUUUAGUUUAAGAUUAGGUAGAGUAGAGAGAGAGAAAUAGUUUAAGAGAAGAAAAGUAAGAAGUUGAGUGGAGAAGAAGGAAAUUGCAGAAAAGAGAGACUGAGAGAAUACGAUUGAACAAAGGAGGAGACCCGCGUUCAAUCAAGUUAUUCUCUUAGUUCUGAGUCGUUGGUGGAACAGGCCGUUGCCACGAUUCAUUCUCGCAAGCAGAAAAGGAGGGCAAAUCUUUUUAAAUGGAAAUCAAAGAAAUGUUAAAUUAAAAGCGAGGGAAUUAAAUUAUUACAUCUCUCGCUCUAUCCACUAGUCUCAGAUCCUCCGAUCACCCCGAUGUAAAUAUUAGCCAUACGGUGCGGAUUGCACUGAUCGUAGUUUUGAUUUGAUAGAUGGCGCGUCAUUCGACGGCGGGAAAUUGACGCCGCAUUGGCCACACGGUUUUUUGAAGUUGUACCGUACACAAUAUACUAUAUGUAAAAGAGAUUAAUAUAAAAGCAGAAUUAUUAUUUUUGGACAAGAUUUAUUGUUGGGGUUAUGUUAUGUAUUGUGUAUUUUCCUUGCGUUUGUGUAAGAGUGCGUGCAUAAAUCCAUAAAUGAAUAAAUUUCAUAAUUACUUAUGUAUUUGGGCAGAAAAUGCCCGGUGGUACAUUAAUAAACACAAUUUGCAACUAAUUACAAAAAUAUCUCAGGAAUAUACAUAAUUAUACUCUUCUUGACUCUUUUUUUUUCUUCUUGACUCUACUACUAUAAGUUAUAAAAGAGCACUUGUGAAGAAAAUGUGCAUUUCUCUCUUCACCAGAAUACUGCAGUUGUUCGAGCUCUGAGGCCCAUUGAGCAGGGAGAGCAUCUUUACAUAACUUCGUCACUCGGUACUUUGAUAAAACUUUUCAGGAGAGACAAAACUUAUUUCGUCAAAAACAACCCUAUACAAGCAAUUAUGAAAAGGACUACCAAACCAAAUUUGCAUCAAUUCGAUCCGGCGAUGUAGAGCAAGCCUUUGCGCCUCUCCAUGUGCAACCCUGAGGAUCUUCAACUCUGAACUGAAAUCAUCGAGUUUUAUGAUGGACAAAGGCGGGAUGAUCUUCAGUAUAACAAAAUAGUUGAAAUAAUUGUCCACCACAGUUUCGAUGCCAUGACCAAGAAGAGAGGCACUUAGAAGAUCCAUCUUCCUCAGUGCUGGACCACUGCAUCGCCAUUGAAUUAUAGGAUGACAUUUUUGGCAUCGAAGUCCUGUAACAAUAGUAAGCAAAAAAUAUUUGAUUUGCUAAAAUUGCACACGUUAUGCAAAGAUAUCUUAUCUUUAAAAUCAUCAAAAUUCAUACUCCGUUAAGGAUUCGUAUCUCGACUGUGGA